AUGAUGCACCCAGUCACAGCUCGGACGACCCUCGCAACCUCACGGAAGACCGCAGCUCUCACCUCAACCUUACGGCGUCGCUUCGCAACAACCUCAGCCCGAUCCAACUACUCAGACACGAUCUCCAACCUCGCCCAAGGCCCCCAAAGCAACGUCGUCGUCCAAGGUUUCACCGGCAAAGCCUCUACCGUCCACACAUCCAUCUCCCUCUCAAUGGGAACAAACAUUGUUGCAGGUACCUCUCCCAACAAAGCAGGCACAAGCCAUCACGAUCGACCUGUUUUCUCCUCUAUCAAAGAAAUCCUUGAUGCAGGGAUCAAAGUGGACGCAACAUCGAUCUUUGUCCCACCUGCUCUCGCUGCUGAUGCGAUUAUCGAAGCGAUCGAAGCUGAAGUUCCGCUCAUUGUUAGCAUUGCUGAAGGUGUACCCGUCAAAGACCAGUUCAGGGUGAUGGAAAGGCUACACAGUCAAAAUAAAUCGAGGUUGGUUGGGGCGAAUAGUCCCGGGUAUUGCAAUCCUCUGGGUUGUCGGAUGGGUAUUAGUCCGAUGAUCACCUGCGCUCCAGGACCGGUAGGGAUUGCGUCAAGGUCAGGAACGUUGAGUUAUGAGGCUAGUUGGGCGACCAAAGCACUAGGUCAAUCUUAUAUUAUCGGCUUAGGCGGGGACUUCUACCCUGGCACACGAACAACGGAAGCGUUGGAGUUCUUAAUGAGCGAUUCAGAUACAGAGGCCAUUGUGCUAGCUGGUGAGAUCGGUGGUUGUAUGGAAGAGGAGGUGUACGAGUUGCUGAAUGACCAGAGGUGUAAGUACAAGGAAGGUGGAAAGUUUAAGAAGCCGAUAGUGGGGUUCGUGGCAGGAUUGAAUACGCCGCCUGGUCAAAUGUUUGGUCAUGCAGGGGCGAUUUGGAGAGAUGGAACUGGAUCAGCGAUCGAGAAGAGGAAGAUGUGGGAAAGCGUUGGGAUUAGGAUGGCGGAUGCGAUUGCAGAUGUGGGCAAGUUGAUUGAAGAGGAGAUGAGGAAGUACGGGGUCCCCGUCAACAAGGCCUGA